CUGACAAAUGUGGGGACGGUUUAGCCAAGGCCGUUGGCCCACGAAUGCCCAGGGAUGUCCCUUAUUUCUGAGAGUGGGAGGGAGACAGCCCAAGCCCUGCAAGGACGCGCCGGGCUAGGGGGGCGCGGUGGCGCGGUCCGGAGGGUGUUGUGUUCUCAGCAGGCCUCAGGGCGGCACUCUGGUUCCGCGGCCGGAGUGCUCAGGCGGGCCGCUGGGUGCCGACCCAUGCUGGCUGGGAACGUGUCUCCCGGUGACGCAGCCCCGGGUGGGGAACGUGGUGCGGCGGCGGCGGCGGCGACUGUACGCGCCUCCGCUGUCCCCGAGAGGACGCGCGGUGCAGCGGCUGAGUGGCGGCGGCGGCGACGGCAAUCUCGGCGCUGCCAGCCGGCGCCGGGGAGGAGGACGCGGGUGCGGUCUAGGAAGUAGGUCCCGGGCUCCGCGCUCAACAAAGACGGGGCCGCCCCCAUCAGGCGGAGCUGCGGGCGGAGGCUCCAUGUUGGGAAGCGGCGCCGUCCGUGCUCGUUAGCGGGAAUCCGGGAUCCGCGGGGUGAGCUGGCGGGGGCCGGGCCCUAAGUGAAGAUGGAGGCCCCGCUGCGGCCUGCCGCGGACAUCCUGAGGCGGAACCCGCAGCAGGACUACGAGCUCGUCCAGAGGGUCGGCAGCGGCACCUACGGGGACGUCUACAAGGCCAGAAAUGUACACACAGGAGAGUUGGCUGCAGUAAAAAUCAUUAAAUUGGAGCCUGAAGUCUUUAUGAUCAGGUCAGUAGAAUAUCUUCAAUUAAAUUACCCUGAAGGUGUUAAAGGAGAUGAUUUUUCUUUGAUUCAACAAGAAAUAUUUAUGGUUAAAGAAUGUAAACAUUGUAACAUCGUUGCCUACUUUGGGAGUUAUCUUAGUCGGGAAAAACUAUGGAUUUGUAUGGAAUACUGUGGUGGCGGAUCACUUCAAGAUAUUUACCAUGUUACUGGACCAUUAUCAGAAUUGCAAAUAGCCUAUGUAUGCAGAGAAACCUUACAGGGUCUUGCCUAUUUGCAUACUAAAGGCAAAAUGCAUAGAGAUAUAAAAGGUGCUAAUAUUUUAUUGACAGACCAUGGCGAUGUAAAAUUAGCUGACUUUGGUGUGGCUGCAAAAAUAACAGCUACCAUUGCAAAACGAAAGUCUUUCAUUGGCACCCCUUACUGGAUGGCCCCAGAAGUUGCAGCAGUAGAGAAGAAUGGUGGCUACAACCAACUCUGUGAUAUCUGGGCAGUAGGAAUAACAGCAAUUGAACUUGGAGAACUUCAACCACCUAUGUUUGAUCUCCACCCAAUGAGGGCUCUCUUCUUAAUGUCAAAAAGUAAUUUUCAGCCUCCAAAACUAAAGGACAAAACAAAAUGGUCAUCAACAUUCCAUAAUUUUGUCAAAAUAGCACUAACCAAAAACCCAAAAAAAAGACCAACUGCUGAAAGACUUCUGACUCACACUUUUGUUGCACAGCCAGGUCUCUCUAGAGCCCUAGCAGUUGAACUGUUAGACAAAGUGAACAAUCCAGAUAACCAUGCACAUUACACUGAAGCAGACGACGAUGACUUUGAGCCCCAUGCAAUCAUUCGUCAUACCAUUAGAUCUACAAACAGGAAUGCCAGAGCUGAACGGACAGCUUCAGAAAUAAAUUUUGACAAAUUACAAUUUGAACCUCCUCUGAGAAAAGAAACAGAAGCACGAGAUGAAAUGGGAUUGUCAUCAGACCCAAAUUUCAUGUUACAGUGGAAUCCUUUUGUUGAUGGUGCAAAUACUGGCAAAUCAACCUCAAAACGUGCAAUACCACCUCCCCUGCCACCUAAGCCAAGGAUAAGCAGUUACCCUGAAGACAACUUUCCGGAUGAAGAAAAAGCAUCAACCAUAAAACAUUGUCCUGAUUCAGAGAACAGAGCUCCCCAAAUUCUCAGAAGACAGAGUAGCCCAAGUUGUGGGCCUGUGGCAGAGACUUCCUCUAUUGGAAAUGGUGAUGGUAUUUCAAAACUGAUGAGUGAAAAUACAGAAGGAUCAGCACAAGCACCACAGUUACCACGAAAAAAGGACAAACGAGACUUCCCUAAACCAGCCAUCAAUGGCCUUCCACCCACCCCAAAAGUUCUGAUGGGAGCAUGCUUUUCAAAAGUUUUUGAUGGCUGUCCUUUGAAAAUUAAUUGUGCAACAUCCUGGAUACAUCCUGAUACAAAAGAUCAGUACAUUAUUUUUGGAACUGAAGAUGGUAUUUACACACUGAAUCUCAAUGAGCUACAUGAGGCAACGAUGGAACAGUUAUUUCCACGGAAGUGUACUUGGCUGUAUGUUAUCAAUAAUACUUUAAUGUCAUUAUCAGAAGGAAAAACCUUUCAGCUCUACUCUCACAAUCUUAUAGCUUUGUUUGAACAUGCCAAAAAACCAGGAUUAGCUGCCCAUAUUCAAACUCACAGGUUUCCAGACCGAAUACUACCAAGAAAAUUCGCUUUAACAACAAAGAUUCCUGAUACAAAGGGCUGCCACAAAUGUUGCAUAGUCAGAAACCCUUACACGGGACAUAAAUACCUCUGUGGAGCUUUACAGUCUGGAAUUGUUUUACUUCAGUGGUAUGAGCCAAUGCAGAAAUUCAUGUUGAUAAAGCACUUUGAUUUUCCUUUGCCAAGUCCUUUGAAUGUUUUUGAAAUGCUGGUGAUACCAGAACAGGAAUACCCUAUGGUCUGUGUAGCUAUUAGCAAAGGCACUGAAUUGAAUCAGGUAGUUCAGUUUGAGACAAUCAAUUUGAACUCUGCAUCUUCAUGGUUUACAGAAAUUGGUGCAGGCAGCCAGCAGUUAGAUUCCAUUCAUGUAACACAGUUGGAGAGAGAUACCGUUUUAGUGUGUUUAGACAAAUUUGUAAAAAUUGUAAAUCUACAAGGAAAAUUAAAAUCAAGUAAGAAACUGGCCUCUGAGUUAAGUUUUGAUUUUCGCAUUGAAUCUGUAGUAUGCCUUCAAGACAGUGUGUUGGCUUUCUGGAAACAUGGGAUGCAGGGUAAAAGCUUCAAGUCAGAUGAGGUUACCCAGGAGAUUUCAGAUGAAACAAGAGUUUUCCGCUUAUUAGGAUCAGACAGGGUUGUCGUUUUGGAAAGUAGGCCAACAGAAAAUCCUACUGCACACAGCAAUCUCUACAUCUUGGCUGGACAUGAAAAUAGUUACUAAGCAACAGAAACUGAUCUCAAAUGACAGGAAAAUGAAUAUACUCCAUUGAAAGGAAAAAUAAGGAAAUUCAAUACAAACUGCACUAUGAUUUGCUUUAACUGUUAUGGGUUAUAUUGCAAAUGAUCUGUACUUUAGGGUAGAAUUCAAUAUUUUCUGCAGCUGGAAACAGCUAGUCUAUCUCUUGCCACUGUGUGGUGGUUAUAUCAAGUUUGCUUAAUAAAAGCUAUGAGACAAAUAGUCCUCUAGUUCCAGGAAACACAGUCUUUUUUUAAAAAAAAAAAUAAUGUUUGUAACAAGGGUGCCAUGGUGUUUUUAGAUAACUCGUGAUUAUCUUAAGAGAGGUAAAUUUAGUGAUCAUUUUAUACCAUGUCUUAUUCCUUCUUAAUGAACAUAAUUUGAUAAAUUCUCAAGCAAGGUUUUCACUUUUAUAUUGGCCAUUCUGUAUGUUUUUGUAAAAUAGAAUAUUUAAUCCUUAUUUAUUAAUCUCUUGCUGGAGUGGUGUAAUGUAUCUAACUUUUAGCAAAGGAGGGUUGCAGAGCAGCUUAAAUUUUUUUAUAAUGUAUAAGAAUUUUGUUUAUCUUUUAAGAGUAGUGAAGUACUUUGAGUGUUGGGGGUUCAACACACACAUGCAAUUUUGCUUAACAAAAGUAUUUUAUAAUACAGUUUCAUACAGAAUUACCUUAAAAGGGAGUCUUAUGUUUUCAACUACAGAUAGUUGUAAGGGAUCAUACAGAAGAUAUUGAUGAUAGUUGAAAUAUUCUUAGAAGGGGUGUGUAUGUCUAGGUGUGUCUACCAUGUGUAUGUAUUCUUGACAAGCAGUAUAAAAUACCUGUGAUUUUUCUUUACAUUAGGGAUAAUGCAUAAAGAAUUAAUCUUCAUAUAUAUUAUCAUCCCUAAUGUAGCAGGGGGAAGUAUUUAAUUGCCCAUAUGUAUUUUACUUAUACUAUGCCAGAGAGGAAACUAUAAAGUAAUUACACAUGUAAUCUUGGGUUUUUCACAUAUGUAGGUAUUCAUUUUGAGUAGUUUAAGAAAAAAAAAAUCUUUAAAUGAAUUGAAUUCCUGAUGGGAUAGUAUCAAUAAGUAUUUAAAAGCCAGUAUUCUAAAAAUAAUAAAGGGUAGGGUUAUUUUUGAGUUUGUUUUUCUUUUGCUAUUGUUAAUAUUCAAAAUUAAAGUGUUACAUUGGUACCUGUUGUCUUAAUGCAUUUAUUGAGAACAGCAUUGAGAUGAUGAACAAGGGGUUAGCAAUAGCAAACUCUAUAAUUAUUUUGACUAAUUACUUAAGAGGAAAACAGUAUAAGUAUCUCAUUCAGUAUUUAGCAAUUCUGUAAAAUAAGUAUUAUCUCUAUUUUUCAGAUGAGGAAAUAAGGGUUUAGCAAGGUUAAGAGACCUACCCAAUUUACACAGCAGGUUAGUAGUUGAGCCUGACCAUGAGUCUUCUGACUCUGUUCUUUUCACUGUGCAAUACGCAAACAAUAAAAUGUUAUACAAAUGGAAUAUAAAGUUAUUUAUUCUUUAAAAAUGCACAUAUGAUAUGAUUUCAGUAA